AUGUCAUUCUGCCUCCUCUUUGUCCCUCUUCAGACGUACUCUGAAAAAUUGGAAAAACUAGCCGACAACUGGGCGUCGCGCUGUAGAUAUGAUUAUCCUGAUACGGAACCAGGAUACGAGAACACUGGAAUGUAUAAAAUUGUCUCAGUCGACCGAAAACCCACUUUUGAGGAGGUGGGUCAGACUGCGAUGGAGGCAUCAAGCAAGAACGAUAAAUAUGGGACCAAUGACUGGAAAUAUAGACCAGACCAACUGAUGCCAACUGCCACUACUUCCGCUUCCACAAUAAUCAAUGCAAUGGCCACUCUUCAAGCUGCAAUACUUUCAUUUUCCUACUUCUUCUAA